UGAAAAUAAACAAGCAUUUACCAUUUUGGAAAAUAAAGGAUAUGCUAACAGCUUAAUAUCAAAACCAGCAGACAAUUUAUUAUCUUCAACACAAGUUCAAGAUAUACUGCAAACUGACUGGUCAAAUAAAUCUCCUAGUGAAGUUUUCAAGGUAUUCCCGGAAUUAGCUAUGUAUUCUGCACAAAAUAAUUUAUGUUUAUCAAAUACAAUGUUUGAUAAAUACAUAGACACUCUUACAGAUAAUAUAGCAUCAGCUACAGAUAAAGAAUUAGAAUCUUUAUUUUAUACCAUCAACCUGUGGCCAGAUCCUCCAUCCAUUAGAACAAGAAAUUAUAUUGAAGUGUGGGCAGCACUGGAUGAUGAAUGUUUAAAUCGAGUCAAGCAAUGGUCAAAUGAUCAACUUCUGAAUUUUAUUACUUUCUUCUACAUGAUAAGUGUGAUAAGAAUGAGUGACUUUUGUGUUAAAACUUUGAAUAAGUUGGCAACAAAAAUAAAACAGUUGACUCCAGCACAAGUUGUUCAAACAACAUUUUUGUUGGUGUGAUGAGAAAACAACCCUUUGAUAUGUAUAAUAUUGAACAUUAUUUAAAUGACAAUUUCACAAGUUUUACAGUUGAUGAUUUGGCAAUAAUGUCUAUGGGUUUUUUUAAAAGCAAAACACCAAUAAGAAAUUUAAAUAUAGUGUACAAAAUUAUUAAUAUAGUAAUGGAGAAUGCAAAUACUAUACAUGAAGUUUCUUUAGCUGCAUUAUUGAAAAUAAUUAGGUAUUCAUUGAAAAUUACUGUGAAUGAUGCAGUAUACCAGAUGUUGGAUGUAUUACAGCACCAAGUCCCCAGGUUGUCGGUUAUGUGCAAUGUUCACUUAGCCCUUGUGGGAACAGCAACCCUUACUUUGCACAAGGGUUGUUUAUCUACUAUAGCAGAACACACAAUUACACAAAUGUCAAAAACCAGAAUGAAAGACCUAGAACGAUUGGUUUUAUCAUAUGGAACAUUUACAUUGAAACCAGAUACAAAAGAAUGUUUUUUUACAAAAGUAAUGGAUGAAUUAAGAAAGGCAGAAAGAGAAGAAGAAAUUUUAAAACAUGGAAGAUCUUUUGCAUGUUGUGUGUCAUAUUUAGGCCUUCUUGGAAUAUAUCCUAUAGAUCUUAUGAGUAAAGCAUUAAGUAAGGACUUCUUGACAAUCACCUAUGGAAAACAAAUACAUUCUUAUGGAAGAGAGAUCCUAGUGAUUAAUAACAUGGCUGAAAUAUUUUGCAGUAAUGCUCAGAUGAAUCGGUUAGAUAAAAGAGAAACAAUAAUUUUAGCAAAAAAAUACACAGAUUUUGUACCUUCAGAGGAUUAUUCGAAACAAUAUAAUGUCACAGAAAGAAUGAUGUUAGAUGUAAUGAAGGUUUUGAAAGAUAGUAGAGGUGGCAAUGAAUUUGUUGUAGCUGAUCAUAUAUUACCACACCAUCAAAGAGGAGAUAUUAUUUUAUGUAAUGAUGCUCAGGGAAAGCCGUUACCAGUUAAAGAUUCUUUUUCGAAUAUUAAUUUUGGGGUUCUUAGAAGACCGCCCGACAAGAACAAAUGGAUCGUUUUGGUAAUAGCUGGAAGAAAUGCAAUUUUAUACGGUACUGAUAUACCAACUGGAUAUUUUCAUAUAAAAGUUAAUGAGCUACGAAAAUUAGGAUUUCAUGCAGCUUUGGUUCCAUGGUCAAUAUACUCCAAGUAUGACGCAAGAGAUGAUAAAGAAGAUUUUUUGGAUAGUAUAAUUAAUAAUGCAUUAAAAAAUACACCUGAAUGAAAAAUAAAAUAUUGAUAACUGAA